CAGUGGAUUUGACACAGCAGAAGAUCGCAGACUGCGUAUUGCUAAAAGUAUUAUGGGCAUAAAUGCAAUCAGAGCAGAACUUCUGGACUGUUACCUAAAACUAAGCCAAGCUGAUGAUAGGCAAACCAAGGGGUCCAACCCAAGCAACUCUAUUUUCACUGUUCCUGCCCCUCUCACAGUGCUAGCAGAUUUCUUCCCAAAGAUGCCAGAGACUAGUGAUGAUAUAAUCACAUUCUUUGAGUCAUUUGAAAGGGCCUGUGUGGUUAAUGGAGUCUCAAGGAGUGACUGGGCAAUUUAUUUGGCUGGCCGACUCACCGGAAAGGCCCUGGAGGCCUAUAGUGAAGUCCCAAUAGAUGAUUUAAGGGAUUAUGACAGAAUCAAGGAUGCUCUUCUCAGACGCUAUGCUGUAACCCCAGAUACCUACAUGGUUAACUUUCACAGCAUCCACAGGAAGCCAGAGGAGACCAUUGCAGGACUUUAUCACAGACUGCGCAACCAGGCUGCAAGGUGGAUGGAAGGAUGUGGUGUUCGUACCUUUGAGGCCUGUUUUGACCUUGUUGUCCUGGAACAACUUCUUCCCUUUUCCUCCAAAGGACAAACCAGCUGGAGGGCGCCCAAUUGCCUGCAUUUAUACUGACCCCCCCAGAGGAGGCAGUAGCAAGAUAUGCUGUCAGUUCAAACUGCCAGUGAUCCCAAUGUUGAGACCUUUGUGGCUCCAAUAUUACCUGUUGAAGUAGAGCCAAGGGAAGAGGAUUCAGUUGCUGUAGCUUGGCAGGCUGCCUAUGACAACAGACAAAACCAUCUCCAUCCUGUUAUGGUAGGAUCUACACCUGCCGAAGGUUUCCUGGAUACUGGGGCCACCACCACUUUAGUACAGCCACACCUUGUACCACCAGAACAGAUUCUUACUGGCCAGCAAAUUGACAUUAUUGUAGCUGGUGGUGCCAAAGUUACUGUCCCCAUGGCAAGAGUAAUGCUGGAUUGGGGUGAAGAUCAUGGAUUUCGAGAGGUGGGAGUGAUGGAUGGACUCCCGGCUGAUGUUCUGCUAGGCAAUGACCUGGGACAGAUGAUCAGUGGAUAUGUCACACCGGUGACCCACAGUCAGACCAGAGCAACACAGAGAGACAAGACUGUGUCAGUAGAUGUCCAGAUGAUCAGUAGUCAGAGGAAAGCCAGACUCACACCUGACAGAGCUGCAAAUGCACAACAUUUAGAUUAUGAGACCAAGGAUUCUGCAUUUGUAGCCAGAGGGAGGGGUGACCUGGAUGAAAGCCCAGCUGCUAGCAAUCCAGAGGCACUAGGAAUGCAGUGGGAUGGAUCAUGGAUAUCUAAACCUGAACUCUUCAUGAGGUGAGUAAGGUAAGUUGGAACCCCUGCACUACAAAAUGCACACAUUGAAUGUUUACCAACAAGACAGGAGAUAAGCUUUUCGCUACUGUCCCGUCUGCUAGCUCCGGCUCGACUGUAAUGUGGGGAAGAAGGCAUGACCCCUUUACGGAGGACAGACAGUAGAGCCUGGUCGCUUGGAGCAUGUAAGUUGAGGAGUAACUCCGCUCUGUACAGAAAGGAUCUAGCCCUCAAUGUCCAAGUAUGGAGUAGUGUGGUAAAAGCUAGCUCUUUACCUCAAAGGGUGCCUCAGCACAUGCAAAGGGUGCAAAGAGCUUCUAAAUUAUUUUUAAAAUAGGACUUAUGUCCACAAUUGUUAGGGAACAAAUGAAAACACCCUUUCUCUCACCUUUCCUAUAUUCAUCUCCCAACAGAAGUGUGAAACCUUUACCCUGCCCUAUAACUCUGUAAAGCCCUUACCCUAUCUUUCUCCAACCCUUACCCUAUCUUUUUCAAGCAACCCUCAAUCUUCCCAAACUUAUCUCUUUUUCAACCUUUGCCCUAUAAUUUCCCAACACUUACCCUAUCAUUUUCCAAUCCUAACAGUAUCUUUUUCCAACACUUACCCUAUCUUUUUCUAACUCUGACCCUUACCCUAUCUUUUUCCAACCCUAACCCUAUCUUUUUCCAACCCUAACCCUGGCUUUUUCCAACCCUAACCCUUACCCUAUCUUUUUCCAACCCUAAGUCCUAACACUAACCCCAACACCAAUCCCUCCUCACACUCGCCCCCACCUUUGGUACCAAAGUACCAAAAUCUUCGCCCAUCCCUAUAACCCUGUACGGCCACAACCCCGAGAAAUCACAGCAGCCCUCAAUCUUUCCAACCCUAUCUUUU